AUGCUUCGGAAGAGAUAUGGUCCAGAUCCAUACCGAUGGGGCAACUACACACUUCUCCGCAUGAGCCCAGCCGCAUAUUUCGUGGAUAACCGAAGUUUUUGGCUGCCAGGGUUCCGGCUACAAGAUCUCGGUGCCGCAAGCAUGUCUGAGACCCUCAGAAGCACCGCGCAAGCCCUCUUAGAAUUCCCGAGGCAGAGUCAACGCAUCGCGGAAACGUACCUGCUCUUCGCCGGGCGUAGCAAAACAACCACUAUUGCGGGCAUCGACGGUGAAAGUUACACUCCUGUCUUCCAGGCUUUCCUUUCCAGCAACAUCAGCAUGAGCUACACAUUCUUGGACGUUGGGCCCGCAGACGGGGAGGGCCAUCAAAGCCCGCUUUUCGAUUUCAUGAAAGCACAUCGUGACCGGAUUCGUGGCGUCGCCCUGGAAGGCAACGAGACAUUCUGCACGAAAUACCGCAUGAACUGGCCUGAGGUGGACUUGCAAUGUGGUCAUCUAACUGCUGGGCGACUGUAUGACCACGCACCAUUCUUCUUGAAAUCCCUUAGGUCCGUCUGCUCCCCACACGGAGAGGGCGGGGGCGCACACUGCGUGGAUGUUUGGAAGGUUGACAUUGACAGCAUCGACUGCACCGUGCUAGAAGUCUUGCUCAGGAGAAGUGAGCUUGAUCUGCGGCCAAAGGCGGUAAUUUUGGAAGUGAACCCACAUUUUCCACCCCCUUACAAGUUCAGCGUUCUUGGGGUUCAAGGGCCUGAAAGUGACGGAGACUUUUGGGCAAGGAACAUGAUGGGUCUUUAUGGCUGCUCUUUAAGCCACCAAGUUGAUAUACUGCGUGACUUCGGCUACUGGCUGAUCGGAUUCGAUCACAAAGAUGCCCUCUUUGUGCACAAAAACUUUGCUCACGCUUUCAACGCGACAGCGCCUUUGGAUGAAUACGUGGCUUACAGCGCGGCCCUGAUUACGAUUGGAUCCGGCCUCACGCCCCGCACCCUAAGGAGAUGGUACAGUGCGCGCCCUCACGUGGGCCUGGGCCUAAUCCAGCAACACCUGGUGGCGGCUCAGCAACAUCUCGCCCAAGAAGUGACCUUCUCCUUGAGCAUUUGA